UAAGAACCCUCAGCCUUCCAUGACAGGUGCCAUGUGAAGCCGGAGGCUCCCCCCCAUCACCCCCAUUCCCUCUCCCCUUUACCCUGUUGCCCUUACCCACCUGGCCUCUUCCAGUGUGCCCUCCUGCCCCAGGCACCAUGGCUCUGCUCAGCCCUGUCCUGCAGCCCCCCAAGGUGAAGGCUUAUCUGAGUCAAGGGGAGCGCUUCAUCAAAUGGGAGGAUGAGACUGCAGUUGCCUCCCCAGUGAUCUUGCGUGUGGACCCCAAGGGAUACUACCUGUACUGGACAUACCAGAGCAAGGAGAUGGAAUUUCUGGAUAUCACCAGUAUUCGGGACACUCGCUUUGGCAAGUUUGCCAAGACGCCCAAGAGCCAGAAGUUGCGUGAUGUCUUCAACAUGGACUUUCCUGACAACACCUUCCUGCUGAAGGCCCUCACUGUGGUGUCCGGCCCUGACAUGGUGGACCUCACCUUCCACAACUUCGUCUCCUACAAGGAGAACGUGGGCAAGGACUGGGCUGAAGACGUGCUGGCUCUGGCCAAGCACCCGAUGACAGCCAAUGCCCCCCGUAGCACCUUCCUGGACAAGAUACUUGUGAAGCUCAAAAUGCAGCUCAACCCAGAAGGGAAGAUCCCUGUGAAGAACAUUUUCCAGAUGUUUCCUGCUGACCGCAAACGGGUGGAGGCUGCUCUCAGUGCCUGCCAUCUCCCCAAAGGCAAGAAUGAUGCCAUCAAUCCUGAGGAUUUCCCAGAGUCAGUCUAUAAAAGUUUCCUCAUGAGUCUCUGCCCUCGGCCAGAAAUCGACGAGAUCUUCACUUCUUACCAUGCCAAGGCCAAGCCCUAUAUGACCAAAGAGCACCUGGCUGAAUUCAUCAACAAGAAGCAGCGUGAUCCGGGGCUCAACUCCUUGCUGUUCCCACCUGCGCGGCCUGACCAGGUGCAGGGCCUCAUCCACAAGUAUGAGCCCAGCGGCAUCAACGUGCAGAGGGGCCAGCUGUCCCCUGAGGGCAUGGUGUGGUUCCUCUGUGGCCCCGAGAACAGUGUGCUGACCCAGGAAAAGCUGCUGCUCCACCAUGACAUGACGCAGCCCCUCAACCACUACUUCAUCAACUCCUCGCAUAACACCUACUUGACAGCUGGCCAGUUCUCUGGCCUAUCCUCUGCCGAGAUGUACCGCCAGGUGUUGCUGGCUGGCUGCCGCUGUGUGGAGUUGGACUGCUGGAAGGGGAAGCUGCCAGAUGAGGAGCCCAUCAUCACCCAUGGCUUCACCAUGACCACGGACAUCUAUUUCAAGGAAGCCAUCGAAGCUAUUGCAGAAAGUGCUUUUAAGACCUCACCUUACCCAGUCAUCCUGUCCUUUGAAAACCAUGUGGACUCCCCCCGUCAGCAGGCCAAGAUGGCUGAGUACUGCCGGACAUUGUUUGGUGACAUGCUGCUCACAGAACCCCUGGAGAAGUUCCCGCUAAAGCCGGGUACCCCCUUGCCCAGCCCUGAGGACCUCCGAGGCAAGAUCCUCAUCAAAAACAAGAAGAACCAGUUCUCUGGUUCUGCAGCCCCCAGCAAGGAGGAGGGCGGACAGCCUGAGGGCAACUGCCCACCUGGAGAAGGCCCAGUGGGCGAGGAUACAGUGUGGGCUGGUGAGGAAGGGGCUGAACUGGAAGAGGAGAUGGUGGAAGAGGACGAGGAGGAGGAGUCAGGGAGCCUGGAUGAGGAGGAAAUAAAGAAGCUACAGUCAGAUGAGGGCACAGCAGGCCUGGAGGUGACAGCCUACGAGGAGAUGUCCAGCUUGGUUAACUACAUCCAGCCCACUAAAUUCAUCUCCUUCGAGUUCUCGGCGCAGAAGAACCGGAGUUACGUCAUCUCCUCCUUCACAGAGCUCAAGGCCUACGACCUGCUCUCCAAGGCCUCCGUGCAGUUUGUGGAUUACAACAAGCGGCAGAUGAGCCGCAUCUAUCCCAAGGGCACCCGCAUGGACUCCUCCAACUACAUGCCCCAGAUGUUCUGGAAUGCUGGCUGUCAAAUGGUGGCCCUCAACUUCCAGACCAUGGACCUGCCCAUGCAGCAGAACAUGGCCCUGUUUGAGUUCAACGGCCAGAGCGGCUACCUCCUCAAGCACGAGUUCAUGCGCCGCCCGGACAAGCAGUUCAACCCCUUUUCUGUGGAUCGCAUCGAUGUUGUGGUGGCUACCACGCUGUCCAUCACGGUGAUCUCGGGCCAGUUCCUGUCAGACCGCAGUGUGCGCACCUACGUGGAAGUGGAGCUCUUUGGCCUUCCUGGGGACCCCAAGAGGCGCUAUCGCACCAAGCUGUCCCCCAGCACCAACUCCAUCAACCCCGUGUGGAAGGAGGAGCCCUUUGUCUUUGAGAAGAUCCUCAUGCCUGAACUGGCCUCCCUCCGGGUGGCAGUGAUGGAAGAAGGGAACAAGUUUCUUGGGCACCGCAUCAUCCCCAUCAAUGCCCUGAAUUCUGGAUAUCAUCACCUGUGUCUGCACAGCGAGAGCAACAUGCCACUCACCAUGCCCGCACUUUUCGUCUUCCUGGAGAUGAAAGACUAUGUCCCAGACACCUGGGCAGAUCUCACCGUGGCCCUCGCCAACCCCAUCAAGUUCUUCAAUGCACAUGACAAGAAAUCUGUGAAGCUGAAGGAAGCCAUGGGAGUGCCACAGGAGGCCCAAAAGCCCUUUCUGCUGGGAGGGACAGCUGCUGAGCCUCUCUGGGAGGCUGCCUCACCCACCAGCAAUGGGUCAGCAGCAGCACGGGCCAGCACCAGGGAGGAUGCCCCGAAAAAAGCUGCUGAGCCACAGACGGCCAGCCUGGAGGAGCUGCAGGAGCUGAAGGGCGCGCAGAAGCUGCAGCGGCGGCAGGAGAAGGAGCUGCGGGAGCUGGAGCGGCGGGGCAUGCGGCGGCGGGAGGAGUUGCUGCAGAGGGCGGCGGCGCAGCUGGCGGAGCUGGGCCUGGGGACACGCCAGCAGGGCCCGGGCAAGGGCUCCCGCAGGAAGCGGACCUCGGCGGCAGGCGAGGAGGCGGCAGCGGCAGCGGCGCCGGGUGACUGCCCCGACGGGGCGGAUGCGCGGCGCCGGGAGCUGAGGAGGCGGCUGGAGCAGGAGCUGCGGCUGCAGGCGGAGGAGCAGUGCCAGGGAGUGAGGCAGCGCAAGGAGCAGCAUGUGUCCGAGCACGUGGCCAAGGUGCUGGAGCUGGCCAGGGAGAAGCAGGCUGCAGAGCUCAAGUCCCUCAGGGAGACACUGGACAAUGACACCAAGGAGAUUAAGAAAAAACUGGAGACCAAGCGGCUGGAGAGGAUCCAGGCCAUGGUCAAGGUCACCACAGACAAGAUGGCCCAGGAGAGGUUGAAGCGAGAGAUUAACAACUCCCACAUCCAGGAGGUGGUGCAAGCCAUCAAGCAGGUGACAGGGAACUUGCAGCGACAGCAGGAGAAGCUGGAGGAGAAGCAGGCUGCCUGCCUAGAGCAGAUCAGGGAGAUGGAGAAACAGUUCCAGCAGGAGGUGCUAGCAGAGUUUGAGGCCAAGAUGACAGGCCUGGAAGCUGAGGUGAAGGAGUCGUUGAGGGUCUGCUUCCCCUCAGAAGCUGAAGACAAGCCCUGGGAGCCCAUUGGGGUCCUGGGAGGGUCCUGUGAGCAGGAGCUUCUCACUGCCAAGACAGAGGCUCAGGAGAGCCGCCUCUGAUGCCCGGCCCUCUGGGACACUCCACUCCACAAGCAUGUUCAGCACAUUAAUGGACACAGCCAGAGGAGGGGGCCCAACACUCUGAGGCCCAGGACCUGGGGGCCCUUUCUCCACAGCAGGCUGGAGGGGGAGCUAGGAGUUGGGGCCACCAGGAGAGGGGCCAUUGGGCCUAGAUGGCCUCUACCAGCUGACUAUACUUCUUAUCCUCCCCCUCUCCUAUGAAUACCUGGAGGUGGGGCAAGAAGGAGAGAAAUAAACAGGCUUUACAAAUCCAGGAGAAAAAAGAA